AUGCCUAGCCAAAUCGCAGCCCCCGUGCCCAUUACGCCCACCCGCAAGGGCAUGCGGCUGGUCACGUCCGAGGCGCUUUUUGCCAGUUUGAACGAGACCUUGGCCUCCUCCAACGGUACCAAUGACAAAAACAACAACACCAAGUCACAACCGCCGGUGCGUGGCAUCAAGGAGCGAGACUGGGACGUCCCGGCUCCUCCACCGCCGAGUCCCGUGAGCUUUCAGCACCACGACCAAUGGCGGAGCUCGAUGCACCACUGA